AGACGCCAGCAGUCAGCAGGCUGUUGGGGGUGUUCUCGGAGAGCGAUAGUCAGUAUAAAUGUUCAUCAUGAGCGGGGCACCGCUCAUUUGCUCUUGGAAGUACUUCGUUAUUAGCAUCCGCGACACUAACAUUUGAAAAAAGAGCCAUGUCCCCCGGUGACCCGAAUUUGGACGCCUGCGUGAUCCACGUGACGCCAGUGCGCAGUUCCUCAAGCGCCACGACUUCUGGUGCCCUUUCCAUGGACGGGGCUACAAGUACUACUGCAGCAACCACGAGCACGAGAAAAGACAACGGCGGGAAGGAUACUCGGCGACGCUUGUUUUUAUUACUCCUUCUUCUGUCUUUCGUCUUGCUCUUUCUGCUUGGUUCGGGCUUCGUAUGGCGUUACCCUCCGAGGCUGUGGUGCUUGCGGUGGUAUUUAAGUGGCUACACUUGGCGCUGGCCACCCUCCGCGGUGUUCACAGACGAUUUAUGUGCCCACAGAGAAGAUAAAAUAUAAUAUCAAUGUCUACUUCCGGUUGUAGUACAAAAAAAUUUUCCUUUUGGACCCAAAACGAACAUCAUUCUCUAAUCGUCGAGUAUCCUUUUGAGCCGCCGUGGACGAGUGUGUGCGACAUGCUUCGAGUGUUGUUCUGGCGCGCGCCUCGAAGCGUUCUCCACUUUAUCUUCUCGUCGCGGGUUGUGAAGGACGGCCUUGAAGGACUGUUGCUGUUCCCUCUACUGGGUGGAUCGUUUGUAACACUGGUCGACCGCGUGCCGCAGAAUGUGCCGACAACUUUGGAGAGCGUUCAUACGCGAGAAGCCGAUAGAAGAAUUACGGAAGAGAAGAACAUUUAUGACGAGAAUGGUCGCUUCGUGUACCGUUCGCAGAUUGGGAGGCAGUGCGCAGAAUUUUUUCAUCGCGCCGCUGAAAUGCAACCGUUGCCUGGAAGUGGUAAACAACUGGAUGACGGCUCUUGCGACGGCCGCUCUCCGGUCGUUUUGGUUUCUGCCUAUUUCGAAAUGGGCAGGCUGACACGUAACGCGUGCAAGUAUUUGUCGUUCAUGCGGCAGCUGCUGGGUGUGGAGCGUCACGUCGUGGUGUUCACGCAACCGAAGUUUGUGGAGGUAAUCCGCGAAAUCCGCACCGAGGCCCUUACAUCUAGUCGAAGUAGAAGAGGUAGUAACAGUGCUACAACAGCUUCUGCAUCAACAAGAACUGAUGAAUAUAAUGCAACUACUAGCACAACAAGCACGAGGACUGCUGCUGCCGCAAACGCUGCGGCAGCCCGCAGUACGACAUCUUCCCCUGCGGCACUUCAAAUUGUGGAGAUUACCUCCUGGAGCGAUUUUCCCUUGGCAGCGGAGUUUCGAGCGCAGAUGUACGAAAACGUCGUCCGCCCAGAACACGUUUUGGGCUUAGUUGCGCGUAAAGUUCUAGGCCUUUCACGAUACGGAAGCUGGCUAGAAGCUUUGGUUCCGGAGUAUGGGCUGCUGCAACACGCGAAAAUCGAGUUUGUACAUCGCGCAAUGGAGGUGGUGCCGGUCGAGCAGUUAAGGUCUUCGAAUUUCUAUUUAAUAACUUGGAAUUGGAGAAGCAUUUCAAUUCUUUUCCAAGUGUUUUUUCAGGACGGCGUUGGUCGUUAACAGGAUUCUCUAAUGCAAGCCUCCCAUUUUUUCUGGGUGGAUGCGGGUGCUCUGCAUGGAAAGAGUUCGCUGCCGCGCCACUGGUGUCCGCGGCGGGCAAUGAUGGGGGAGCCAACUUCGGGACAUCAGAGUAAAACUCUCAGGACUUCUGCGAAGAACAUGAGGAAUACAACAUCAUCAACCACAAAUAAAGGUGUUGCACAACUAGUACAGAGACAGGCAAGCGCAAAGACGAGCAAGAUGAAGAAGAAGAAGUCUAGUACUACCAGCAGUUACAGCACUAGUUCUUUGCUUUUUGAUAAAAGUAAUGGAACCUCCUCUACUCUUGCGCUUCUUCAUAGUAGAAAAACAAACGGCACAGCGACUGUGCUCACUCCUCUUACAACAGCAUCCUCUAUGCCCAUUUCAGUUCCACAACAAAAUGCCCACACGACACCUAAAACUCCGGCUAGCUACGACUCUUCUUUUUCGGCUUCGUCUCAUCUAGUUCAGUACCUGGCCUAUCGUCCUCGGAGGCUUGAGGCACAACAAGAACAUGCAGGAGAGGUACAAUUACUACAUGGAACUUCCAGUUCCACGACUGUUACCACGAUCGCCAGUCCGCGGCCACGCCAACUAGUAACACUUCUUGCUGAUCAAGACAACUUCCUGAAGCAACUUCUGACUGCAUUGGAUACAAGUGGUGAACUCUCUUCCAAGCUACACAAGGAGACACCACUGGCGCACCCUCUGUUCAUUAAACAUUUGAAAAAGCGUUUGCAACACGGUGACUUUACUGUGAAUCCAGACAACUUUUUCCAUACUGGCAACGAGAUGGAAGCGAUGGUAGUAGCACCAGGACAAUACUCUUUGUCGAACAGAAAUAAAACAAAAACUACAACAAUUGCAACGUGGUCACCCUCUGCGUCUUCUUCUCUGAUUCAGAAUAUUAGUCGUUCUGCGCGUGAACGCGCAGAGGCUCGGUAUUGGGAGUUUGUGCAGCAUAUUGAGAGGCCCAUUGGCACGUUUUGGGGAGGACCUCGCGAGGCAUUGCAUAUUUUUCGCAAUAGGUACCUCGAUUUGCUGAGGGAACUGACUUUUGAAAUUGAGAAGGGGGGUGAUGUUGAUUUGAAUUCAUUGUCACUAUGUAUUUGUUUGCUUCUGCAUAGUCAUAGAGGCGUCUUUCAGUUUUGUUCCCCACUAGGAGAAUUCUGAAAGAUCCAGGUUUCCCCUUAGAAAAUGCAUGUAGUAAAACUUCUUUAUGAGAAUGAAUAUGCUUAAAUGCACAAAUCGACAAUUAUACUUGCACAAGCUCUAACAAAAAGGGUCGCACCGACGACGACCAGAGCUUGUUGUGGCUAUUGUGGUUGCGCCAUCCCGACUCGUUCCAGAUCCUGUCAGGCAGUUGGCACGGCGUGGGUAGCCUACUGGAUUAAGCUGCUACCGCUAUUGUUGUUCGACCAAAAAAUUGGAAGUUGGAUAUCUACUAGUUGGAAAUGGAGUUUCAUGUACUUCUUUUUGAUUAAUAGUAUGUGGUUGAUGUUGAUGAAAGAUCUUCCUGUAGUUGUUCUUGAACUGUGGUAUUGUGUCAUGCCUGAUUUUGGGAUUUUUGUUCAUAGCAUGCUGUGUCUGUACCUAAGUUGGAUUUGGUCAAGGUUUCUGCAUAUCAAAAUGAACGAUAUUAUUAUAAACGCCAUAGCAAGGAGCAUAAAAACACUAAGUAACACAAUCUACACUACGACCUUGCGGGCUAUUCGCUCUUGUGCUUCUCUGGGGGAAACAGGCAUAGAGAAAAACGAGUCCCGGAAAGAUUAGUCUCAGAAUUAGCAGUCUCCUAGUAGCUACGUUUCUACUAAACUAGCGCUAGAGAUAAAGUUGUUGGUAUGCUCACUGUUACCUAGCGAGGCUGUAAAAGUUUCAGGUGAAAUAAGGCUUAGGGUUAUAAUAGGGAUAAGCAUACUGAGUUCCCUUUUCAUCUGUCGUUUUAUUUCACCUUUUUGUCAUACUCUCUCAUUUACAAGUCAUACUCAACAAUUUUUAUUAUAGCGAAUGUACUUACGAGUUACCCUCAACGGCUUUGAAUAAUCGAAUGUACCUACGAGCAACACUCACUCAACAGUUUUGAAUUUGCCUACUGAAUAUUAAUGUAGUAGUACUGCAACUACAAUUUUGAUGAGGCCUCUUGUUCUUCGUGUGGCGUUAAUGCGCCUUCCAAGUUACAGUAGUAGUUAUAGGGACAACUGUGGGAGGGGGGCGCAGGGAAUUCGAGGAGAAGGAUAGAUUUGUAUCUCCCUCCAAUGGGCUCGCCCCUCUUCAGUCCUCGGACUUUCUUAGUUUCAAGAUUCAAAGGAUUUGACUGAAAUCAUGCUUAUACAUAGAUGCUGUACCGUCUUGUGUGUGUUUCAACUCGAAUUCUUAGCCUGCAAUAGUACAACAAUACGUCAU